AUGCUGCGCAAGUUCUUCUCGCGGAAAGGGGCCCCGGAGGGUGCGCAGGGGGCCGCACAGGGGCCCGUGCAGGGGCCCGCGCAAGGCAGCGGCAAAUGGGAGACCGACCCAGCGGCGUGCCUGUCCGACGCGCAGGAUCGCCUGGCGAAGCUCAAGAACAACAUUCGCAGCCCCGACGCCUUCCCUUCCAUUAAUGAGGCCACCCGCCGAGUUAAUCAAUUGGAUGCUCAUGUGCACGCCCUUCCUGAGAGCGAUCCAUUGAAGCCCGUGUGGACUCAGCAGCUUCGUGAGCUCCAGACAGAGCUGCAUACUCUUACAGAAGCGAUCAUGUCCAGCAUGGGCUCAACUCAACCAGAAAUGAAGACAACAGCCACCCCACAUUCGGUGCCCAGGGCAGCACCUGAUGCGCCAGAGCCAGUGGAGGGUUUGGAUAUGGGAGGUGACCUCUUCAGUGGUCUGAUGGUCUCUGCUGGCGGCCCCGCCUCAAGUCAACCAGAGUCGCAAGCAGCUGCUCCUGCCAACACAGGUCCAGACAUUCGACCUGCACUCGAUGAAGAUCUCUUUUCAAAUUUGGAGCCGUUGGAAACUGCUGUGUCACAGGAGGGAUCCCAUCCCCAAGAUGCUGGAACUGGAGUACUUGCCUCAGCUACUGGCCAUGCUGAAACAUCGGUGCCUAAGUCGCUUCCACAAGCACCCACACCUGCACCUGAUGCCACCAAGGUCAAGGAACCCCCGAAGGCUGGCAGGAGAGACUAUCAACCACAACCAGCCUCACCAGCGAGCUCCUCGACCACUGGCACAGGGAAAAAGAAGAAAAAGGCAUCACGCACUGUGGUGGGCUAUGGUCGAGGCGAACCUGCUGCUCGUCCCAGCAGGAGUCCAGCAGAUGCAAGUACAGGAUACCAAACGCCACCGAUCCCCAGUGUCAGAGAAGAAACAGGCAGUGUGCUGGCUGCAGCCAGAGGUGGCAUGGACUUGACUGUUAUGGACCUUGCUGGUGUUGGGGACGUGUCGUCUUCUGGAAAUGAAAGUGGGCUGAAGCCUGGGGCUGUAUCGAACGAUGUACCACGUGUUCCUGGCAGUUCACCUACCAGCAACGUUAGAGGGGAUCAGUCGGCAGUAUCAAAAACAGAAAGUGACAAAUUUGAAGUGCAACAGAAACUGACGGAUUCAGGGAAUGCUCAAUCUUCCGAUGUGAAUGUUUUGGGUGCACAUUACUCUCUUGAUUUCUCAGGAAUGACAAUGGAGCAGCCAUCAGAAGGUAUUGUUGCUGGAACCUCAGCAGAGAAGAGCACAUCUGCAGAUUUUGUGGACGAUCCUGGGUUAGAUUUUGCAGGUUUGUCCUUGAGUUCACCCUUGACAGCAGAGGCGCCUAAUUGUGUGACGGAUGGGGCAGAAGUUGGGGCAAAAGCUGAAGCUGGGGAGGCCUGUUAUGAACACCAGACACCUGAAAACAUACAGGAACGAUCUGAGCAGGUGCCAACAUUUUUGGCUUCAUUGAGGGGCCUCCAGAGCACAACAGAGAGAUUCCUGCAGAAGGCAGCAGAAAAGAGUGACAGUGUCGCAUGCGAAGAGCGUGUGCACCUUGAAAAGAGGACGAAACUGCUAAUUGACCUGACAGCAACAAAAGAACUUAUCAAAACCCUUGAGCAACAGCAAGCCUUGGCUGUUGACAAUGAAGACUUUGAUGCUGCGGCAAAGCUGGCAACAAAGAUUGAUGACAACUCCAGUCUGCUUGGACAAUGCCUGGGGGAUUUGCAGCAAGUGGGCAAAGAUUUGGAGUCCUGCAUUGAGAAGAGAGUCAAGCUUAUGGAAGAUCAGGUUUCCCAUCGAAAGGGCUGCAUUGAUAGCUUCAGGGCACUCCAGGCAGCCAACGAGGAGGAAGCUGCCUGUGUGUUUGCAAGGAAAAAGGAGGAAUUCGAAAGAGGGAAGGCAAGACGCACAGAAAGAGAUGCAGAGAUAUCUGCAGCAGAAAGCAUCAUCCCAGAGAAGCGGCUUGCUUUGGAGAAGGAACGUGACGCAUUGCUAGAGGAAAACAGCACUGAAAAGAAAGCAAAAGAGGAAGAAAGGGCAGCUUUAGAACAGGAGCAAGCGGCAUUGGAGGAAGAAAUUAAUACCUUGAGAUCGCAGCUGGAAGCAAAGGUUGCCAAACUGGAAGAGGUUUCUUGUCAAGUGUCAGAGGUAUCUGAAGGACUGGAAAGCAUGCAAGGCCAGCUAGAGGCCAGCCUGCAGGCCCUUGCUGACAGUGAAGCAGCCGUCGUCAACGAAGAGAAAGAGCUUGCCAAGUCCAGGCUUGAGAUUGAAGAUGAAUUCAUGCACGGGCAUGAUAUCGAGAAGAAGGCACAAGAGGAGCGGGAUGAGGCUGUACAACAGGCAAAAUUCGCAGGUGAUGAAGCUGCCACACACGAGACUCAGCUGUGCGUCCUGGAGUCUGUCAUCAAGAGGCAAACAGCACUGAGGGCGCUCUUGUCACGCGUACAUUCCGAAGCAGAAGAUGCCAGGAGCAGUUUGAAAGAUAUGAGGGGAAGGUUGACAGCAAAACGUGGUGAACUGAGAGCACUUGCAUCUGACAAAGCGAAGGUAGCCCAGAAAAAGAUCGCUGCAGAGGAUCAGGUUGCACAAGUAGACCUUCGAUUGCCCCAGAUUGAAGCUGACAAAAAGGCAGCUGCUGCCAACAAGGACUUUCAAGAGGCAGCCAGAUUGUCAGGCGAAGCAAAGAAACUUGCGUCAGAGAGAGAAACGGCUCUGAGUCUGUCUACUGCCUUGUCUCGCCAACUGACAGACCUCGAAGAGAACGAGGGAAAAGUUGCCCAGGAGGUAUCGGAUCUUGAGGGCGAGGUGAAAUCGGCGGCAUGGCAGAACGCAAAGUGCCAGUGGUGUUGUUUCAGGAUUGAAGCGGAAGCCUCGAGUAUCUGUGAAUUGGAUUGGGCAGGAAACGGGGCAGACCAGCCCAAUGCGAGACUUGUGGAGGAUGGACAGGGCGCGCUGGAAGACGCUGCACAACAGCUGGCAGCUGAGUUUGGUUUCAAGGAGUCACAUAUAGAGGCGGUUAUGCAGGAGCUGAAAAGUGUACAAGAGGUCGGUUGA